AUGGAAGUCAAUGGUGAACCAGAUAUAGCUGGUAUUUUAAGCGCGGCUUUAAUGCCAUUGAAAGAUAUGAAAGAUGCAGAUAUUUUGGACCAGUAUGAAAUGAACAUGGCUGAUGGAAAUAUAACACCUGACGUUCUAGAACAUUUAUCUCAAAGAACUACACAGAACCAUAGAGAUGGUAUAUUUGGUGAAGAGUUUAGAAAGAAAGUUAGGGAGAGCGAAGGAAGAGAACCUAUUGUACAUGACCUUGCAAAUGAAAGUUUGCAAAAUGUCAUAAAAACUUACUUUGCAGGCGAUGAAUCGAGAAGGGAUGAAUAUUUAAGAAAACUCAAAUGGACAGUACCAAAUGAAAUGUUAGUAUUGAAAAACAUGUUCCUUGACAAAAUAAAACCAACUACAGAAAUAAACGACGCAAGACUGAAAGAUUGGGUAAAAGCUUUCCCAUUCACAAAAGAUAUAGUUGGUAACAUGGAAAGAAAACCAGAAUGGCUACAAAAACAUAUAUUUGGAAACGAGCUUAUUCCAUAUGGACAGGCACUGUUUGAAGAGCUUGAACCGGAAACUCAGGAAAGAGUCAUGCAAACAAUAAGCAAAGACUCAAAUACAAACUAUGACAAACUCUUUCUAGGAUAUAGGUUACCUGAGAUGGGCGACCAGAGCCCAAAGGCAAAAAGGACAUGGGAAAUUUACAACAUACUAGUGAACAUGAGCAAAGAUGCAACAACUUCAAGCAGAGGGCAAUGA